AUGGCAACCUUCUUCAUGAUCCUGCUAUUACUAUCACUGCUUCCCCUCCACUCGAGUGCCGUGCCUCGCGACACUCUACUCCUGGGAUCCUCGCUCUCUGUCGAGGAGCACCAGACCGACGUUCUGCAAUCGCCUGAAGGCACUUUUGUCUGCGGCUUCCACAACAUCUAUGACAGCGCCUUCACCUUCUCGAUAUGGUACGCCAACUCGGCGAACAAGACGGUCGUCUGGACUGCAAACCGUGGCCGCCCCGUGCAUGCCAGGGGGUCGGUGGUCACCCUGCGGAAGGACGGUGCCAUGGUUCUCACGGACUACGACGGCGCAGUGGUGUGGCAAGCAGAAGGAGACCUGGCGGGCGUGCAGUACGCCAAGCUCCUGGACACUGGAAACCUAGUUAUGGCGAACUCCAGCGGCAUGGUUGUGUGGCAGAGCUUCGAUUCACCAACAGACACCCUCCUGCCGACCCAACACAUCACUUCAACUACGACGCUGAUUUCCACCACUCAUCUGCAUGUUUCAGGUCCCUACACGUUCCAUUUCACGGAUUCAUCGAUACUGUCCCUCAUUUAUGAUGAUGCCGGUGUCCAUGAAAUAUAUUGGCCAAACCCUGACAACGGAGAGUAUCAGAAUGACAGGAAUCGGUAUAACAGUACAAGGCUUGCGUUUAUAGAUGAUACUGGCAGGUUUUUUUCAAGUGAUUUCGCCAACCAGCAGCCACUUGUUGCCUCUGAUGAAGGUGUUGGGAUCAAAAGAAGGCUUACUCUGGACCCCGAUGGUAAUCUCCGACUCUACAGCUUGAAUGAUUCAGAUGGCAGAUGGUCGGUUUCCUGGAUUGCAGUGUCUCAGCCUUGCAAUAUUCAUGGCUUGUGUGGUCCGAAUGGGAUCUGCCACUACUUUCCUACACCUACAUGCUCUUGCCCACCAGGUUACGUGAUGAGCCAACCUGGUAAUUGGAGCCAAGGCUGUAGACCUGUAGUAGACAUUGUUUGUACUGCUAAGAAAGCGCAACCUGUCAAGUUCUUGCGACUUCCAGGCACUGACUUUUGGGGAUCCGAUCAGCAGCAUGUUGAGCAUGUAUCCUUGCAGGCUUGCAAGAACAUAUGUAGGAAGGACUGCACCUGCAAAGGCUUUCAGUACCAGCAAGGAACAGGGACAUGCUAUCCAAAGGCUUUCCUUUAUAAUGGGAAGGCAUACACGGCACCUACAAUAUCGACGCCCAUGAUGUAUCUCAAGCUACCAGCGGGCGUGAAUAUUUCAGGUAUUUCAGUUCCCCAAACCAAUGUGCUUAUUUCACCAAGAAAGCAACAUCCUGACUGUGGCCAGAUGAGCGCAUCAACGAUGGAACUAUUUCCGGAGAUUCACAAGUCCAGCCAGGGGGAAGCAAAAUGGUUUUACUUCUAUGGGUUUGCAGGUUCAAUUUUUGUUCUUGAAGCCUUCUUCAUUGCAUCCGCAUGGUGCUUUGUUUUGAGAUGGGAGUUAGGAGCGUCCGAAAUACAAGCAGUUGAGGAAGGCUACAAGGCCUUGACCAGUAAUUUCAGAAGAUACAGUUAUAAAGAGUUGGUUAAAGCAACAAGAAAGUUCAAAGAUGAGCUUGGAAAAGGAGGCUCAGGGAUUGUCUACAAGGGAGUCUUGGAUGACAAUCGAGCAGUUGCUGUUAAGAUGCUGGAAAACGUAAGGCAAUGCGAGGAGGAGUUUCAAGCAGAACUGCGCAUAAUUGGGAGGAUUAAUCAUAUGAAUCUAGUAAGGAUAUGGGGGGUUUGCUCUGAAAGCUCACACAGGAUGUUGGUCACUGAGUAUAUUGAGAAUGGAUCAUUAGCUAAUGUCCUAUUCAAAGACCACAUUCUGCUAGAGUGGAGGCAGAGGUUUAAUAUUGCGUUAGGCGUGGCAAAGGGUUUGGCUUAUCUUCACCAUGAAUGUCUUGAGUGGGUAAUACACUGUGAUGUGAAGCCAGAGAACAUACUGUUGGAUCGGAAUCUAGAACCUAAGAUUGCUGACUUUGGGUUGGCGAAGCUGCUGAACAGAGGUUCCUCUAACCAGAAUGUGUCAAGAGUUCGAGGAACCAUAGGUUACAUAGCUCCAGAGUGGAUCAGCAGCCUCCAGAUCACGGCCAAGGUUGACGUGUAUAGCUAUGGGGUUGUGCUUCUUGAGCUAGUCUUGGGAAGACGAGUUCUCGACAUGGCUCUAGCUGCUAAUGAGGAGGUGCAUAAGGUGCUUAGGAAGUAUGUAGCCAUGCUAGCUCUUAUGUUGGAUAAAGAGGAACCCUCUUCAAUUGCCGAGGUUGUGGAUUGCAGGCUGAGUGGCCAAUUCAACUACAUGCAGGUAAGAACACUAAUCAAAUUGGCUGUCUCAUGCGUGGAUGAAGACAGAAGCAAAAGGCCAACGAUGGAAUCUAUAGUGCAAAUGCUCCUUUUAGCUGAUGAAUCGUGUAGCAUGUGCUAG